AUGGAAGGACAGGGCAUCGGAAUCGACGGAUCCUCAUCGGUCACUGAACUCAAUUGGGGAGAACAUGGAACAUUCGAGAAGAACGGAAAGGAAUUCCAGAUUUGGUGUUUGCCAGCACAGCACUGGGGCCAGCGUGGACCAUUCGACCGUAACAGAAGACUCUGGUCCGGGUGGGCAGUAAUUGGUGAGAAUCGGCGAUUCUACUAUUCUGGAGACACCGGAAAUUGUGAUUCGGAAUUCAAAAAGUUUGGAAAGAAGCUCGGGCCAUUCGAUUUGGCAGCUAUUCCGAUUGGAGCGUAUGAGCCGAGAUGGUUCAUGAAAUCACAGCAUAUUAAUCCGGAAGAAGCGAUCGGAGUUCAUGAAAUGAUCCGAUCGAAGAAUAGUAUUGGUAUUCAUUGGGGAACGUAUCAUAUGGGAUCGUAUGAGUACUAUCUGGAGCCACGUGACAAGCUGAAAGAGCUAAUGGACGCUCGCGAAGAUCUCAAGGACACAAAUUUUGUGACAAUUGAAAUGGGCCGCAUUUGGGAGGCUCCGGAUAAAAAGUGA